AUGUCUCUCUUACACAACAACAUCAAAAACAUGGGUCAUCAAAACAUGAACUUGGUUCUGUCAACUGAUACAAAGCCUAGGUUAAAGUGGACUCCUCAACUUCAUCAAAGAUUUGUUGAAGCUGUCAAUCAACUUGGAGGGGCAGACAAAGCAACACCUAAGAGUCUGAUGAGGAUCAUGGGAAUUUCUGGACUCACUUUGUAUCAUCUUAAAAGCCAUUUACAGAAAUACAGGCUGGGGAAAUUCCAACAGACAGAAAUCUGCCAUAGCAAUAAACUUGAUGACUAUAAAGAGAUUCGGAGCAAUAAUGGGAAUUUUAGUGAUGGAACUCACAACCAGAUGAAUGAAAGCUUGCAGAUUGCUCAGGCUCUCCAAAUGCAGAUGGAGGUACAGAGAAAGCUUCAUGAACAGAUUAUGGUUCAGAGACAUUUGCAGCUAAGAAUCGAAGCUCAAGGAAAGUACUUACAGUUGGUAUUAAAGAAAGCCCAAGAAACACUGGUUGGGUAUAGCUCCUCUUCUGUUGGUGUAGGACUCGCUAAAGCUGAACUCUCUCGACUAGGCUCAAUGGUUAACACCGGCUGCACGAGUUCUUUGUUUUCAGAAUUGACCAAAAUAGGAGAUUCAAACUUAAAAGAGAUAGAAAGAAGUCCCAUAAGAGGUACUAUGAGUUCCAUGGAGAGCUCAUUGACAGCAUCAGAGAGCUGUAGGAGAAAAGAUGUGGAGCCACCACAAGAUGAGAAUAUUUGUACCCAGAAAUCUAGUACUUCUGCUGAGCUUUCUUUAAUGGACGUUCACACAGAAAAGAAGCCAUUGAUUAGUGGUUCAAGCAAUCAAGCUAAUGGAAAGAAAAGAAGUGGAAGUGACUUUUCUGAUGGUAUAUUGGUUGAGCAGCCACUAGCUAAAAGACUAGAGUUUCCUGGGGAGGAAACUGGUUAUCGUUUGAGAAAAUCUGGAUUGUUGAGGUCAUUUGAUCUCAACAGCCAACGCCACAAUGACACUGAAUCAGCUUCAAAAGCAGUAGACUUGAAUUGCAGAGAAUAGAUCCGCUCAAUGGGCUUAGUUUGUAAUUUCUAUGCUACAUGAUUGUUACUUUGUUAGUAACAUAGUGCAAGUAGCGAGCAUGAUUGUUUAGAAUCCAAUCUUUUGUUCAUAAACUAUGUAUAUUGUUAUAUGUAUCAUAUUUUUUUCUGAAGAAGUUAUAUGUAUAUGUAUCAUCUUAAACACAAAUUUCUUGUGAUCAAGAUCAUAUUUUAAUCA